UUGGCGCUUCAGUUUCUGUCAAACUUUAUCGCUUCUAAUUAGAACUGGUAGUGAAACUAAAGAAUUUACGAAUUAAAAAAAAACGUUUGGAUUAAAUUUGAGGUUUGAUCAAACUCUGAAUUAAAGUUUCAGAGCCGCAUGAUUUGUAAUUUGCGGGGGCGUAUAAAUAUUCAUAUAUGGUCACUGAAAUCUUUGCCAAGUAAUAGGUAAACAUAUCUAAAGGUAUUCAAGAAAAAUAAAUAAUUCGAUUAUAUAUUUUUCUUCAACUAAAAGUAACAUGGCUUUGCGUAAAAAAAGGCCCGAUUUAAAACUUCAAGUUUCUGAUGAAGCUCCGCCAAUAGUUCCUCCAGCAAAUUUAGAUACCAGAACCACUAUAACUAUAGGCGAUAAAACAUUUGAUGUUGAAGCUGAUGAUUUAGAAAAAAUCUGUGAUUUAGGAAGAGGGGCUUAUGGAAUAGUGGAGAAAAUGAGACAUAUCCCCAGUGGAACUAUCAUGGCAGUCAAGAGAAUCACAGCAACUGUAAACAGUCAAGAACAGAAACGUUUACUUACAGAUUUGGAUGUCUCAAUGAGAACCAGUGACUGUUUAUACACUGUUCAAUUUUUCGGAGCAUUGUUCAGAGAAGGUGAUGUUUGGAUUUGUAUGGAAGUCAUGGAUACUAGUUUAGAUAAAUUUUAUGCAAAGGUUUAUAAACAUGGCAGAAGGAUACCUGAAGAUAUGUUGGGUAAAAUAACAUAUGCUGUGGUUAGUGCUCUACAUUAUUUACAUUCUCAUUUAAAAGUAAUCCACAGAGAUGUGAAGCCUUCCAACAUACUUAUCAACAGACAAGGUGAUGUUAAAAUGUGUGAUUUUGGUAUAAGUGGAUAUUUGGUUGAUUCAGUAGCAAAAACUAUUGAUGCUGGUUGCAAACCUUAUAUGGCGCCUGAGCGAAUAGAUCCACAAGGAGAUCCUUCAAAAUAUGAUAUACGCUCUGAUGUUUGGUCAUUAGGUAUCUCUCUGAUAGAAUUGAGCACUGGACAAUUUCCAUAUCCUAAAUGGGGUACACCUUUUGAACAGCUGAAACAGGUUGUUAAAGAUGACCCUCCUAGACUUCCAUCUGGAGAGUUCAGUUCUGAUUUUGAAGAUUUUAUUUCGAAAUGUCUUCAGAAAAAAUACAUUGACAGGUGGAAUUAUACACAAUUACUGCAGCAUCCUUUCAUAGUAACACAUAAAAAUAAAAAUACCAACAUCUCCAAUUUUAUAUCUGAGGUGUUGGAUCUGCCAGACAACUUAUGAGAUUCGUGCACCCUUUCUUAGUUUGUAAAAUUGUUUUCAGAGUGGUAAAAUAUGUUGAAGAUGCUUAAAUUUUUCAAUAUCUCAUUUCAUUGAGUAGAAAGUAUAUAAAAUGAAAUUUUUGUAUCGAAACAUAUUUUUUCCACUCGAUUCUUAAAGGCUUUUUAAUUUUGAAGAUUCUCUUCAUUUUAUUUCAGUUUUUUUAUUAGUUGAAUGAUUUCAUUUUAAGCAGUUUUAAUUUUCUAUUUUAAAAGUUUUUAAUAUUCCAAUUUCAGUGAAUUUUAAUCGUUUGAGAAUUUUAAUUUGGUUGUAGUUAAAUAACACUAAGAAAGGGUUGUUGCAAUAAAAAAAAGCUAAUAUUUUGAAUCAUUCGUGUGGUUCGAAGUCAUAGGAGUUUAUCUGAAAUUUGCGAUAUAUUAGGAAAACUUCAUAAUUAGUCCUUGUUCAGUAGAAUGAUUAGACUGAAGAAACAAGUAUUAGAAAUUUUGUCUCUAAAGCGUUAUAAUCCAAGAGAUAGCAGUCAAAAUUACUUCAAAACAAUAAACUUAAUCUAGUCAUAAUUGGGAUACUGAUUGUAAUCUAUCUAGUUUCCAUAACUGUUUUUAAUCACCAUUGUUACCAGUCAUUCAAUGUGUGUUAUGAAAUACUCGGCAGAUAUAAAGUGAAAUAAAUGUUGAGGAUCUGAUAAGAUCAAGGGUCAAGAGAUAAUGAUAAGUAUAUUUAUAAAUAGAGAACUUUCAAUAAUGAACUACAACGGAAGUAGAAUACCGAGGUAAAAUGAACAAGUUAUUUUCUAUAUAAUAGUUAUUUUAGACAUUCUUGAUUUUUUUUUAGAAAAGUCCUGAUCAUAUUUCAGGAAAAAUUUAUUUUAUUUUUUUAUCAAUCAAUAUUGAACAUGUUCAAUAAUUUUUUAUCAUUAUUCUGUAUAAUGAAGUUUAUUUUAUUUUUUUUUUUUAAAGAUAACCAAACAUCUCAGGAAUUCUAUUUUGUAUGUCAAGAAUGUUGAAAAGUCCAAUUAAUUACAUGUGUUCACUUUUUGUCUCGUAAAUUCAAAAUGAGACAUUUCUAGCAAAAAAAUACUGAUAUCCCUACGAUAGGAUGUUACUUAUACUUAUAUACCAUGUAUAUACACUUACUCACAUCACAGUAACAUAGUGAAUUAAUUCGAUUAUUUUAAACGACAUUAUGAUCCAGUGUUGCUCACAAACUUAUGUUUGGUUUUUGAGAUUUAGGGAAUUGAAAAUAAUAAUUUUCUGGGAGAUAUGUAAUUUAUUUCUGACAAAUACCAUGAAAAACAUCUAAUAGGAUGAUUUAUUUAUUCCCACUGGCGAAUGUAUAUUUUCUUAUUUUAAUGUUAGAAUAAUGUUAAUUUAAAUCGUAAAAUUGUGUGAUAAAUAAAGAAUAUUUAAUAGUU